GCAUUGAACUAGCAGGGUCGAUGAGACCAUUUGACGCGCACCAGUGCAAAGGGAGGGGAAGGGGCGUCUUUGCAGACAAAGCUGCCGACUACAGCCCGGUCUCUGCCUGGACAAUGUCGGAUGAUGCUGAGAAGAACGAGGCUCCCCCGGGAGAGCAGGAGCAGCAAGGGAAGGAGGAGCAGGAGCAGCAAGGGACAGAGGAGCAGCAAGGGACAGAGGAGCAGGAGCAGCAAGGGAAGAAGGAGCAGCAAGGGACAGAGGAGCAGGAGCAGGGAAAGCCACAGCAGCAUCAGCCAUCACAGUCGCCCCCCCAGAGCCCCCCUGCACCGGAGGUCCCUGCGUCGCCCGUGAUGGUGACAGUGACCAUCGAGGAGGAGUCGGUGGAGGGACCGCAACAGAACGGAGAGGUGCUGGGGUUGAAGGCUGGCUCGGCCGAGGAGCUUGGGACCACCCCUGCCCCGCCCACAAGCCCCCCGGCCCGCUCCAAAUCUGCCUCGUUGAACGACCUGAAGCCCCAGAACAGCAUCAACGGCGGCCCCCGGGCUGUCGUGAGGAGCAGCUUGUCUGGGUCUCAGGUGCACCUGGCGGGAGUGGCCGGAACUCCACGGGCCAGCCUGAGCCGGCAGGCCUCAGCAGCGGAAUCAGCGGCUGGCGAGGCUGGUGAGAAACCCAGAGACUACAUAUUCAUUGCUGCCCUCUCCUGCUUCUGUCCAAUCUGGCCCAUCAACAUUGUUGCCUUUGUCUACUCUGUCAUGUCCCGUAACAGCUUCCAGCAAGGAGACAUCGACGGGGCACGGCGCCUGGGAAGGGUAGCAAAACUUCUGAGCAUCGUUGCACUGGUUGGGGGUGUGCUCAUCAUUGUGGCCUCUUGCGCCAUCAACUUCGGAGUGUUCCAGUGAAGGUGGUGCUUGGCUGCCACUUCCUCCCUAGCACCGAAAUUUCCAUCUUUGGAGCUGGGAGCCAGCAUGACUACAGUACAUCCAUCCCAUGUCCCCAUCCAUCUCUGACCCAUGCAAAUCAGGAGCACAAAGAUGGAGACAACAGAGAAAGGGGGGGGGGGGGAGAGAGAGAGAGAGAGAGAGAGAGAGAGAAGAGAAUGGAGACACAAGAACAUGAAUCUGAGAGGAACGUUAUCUUUUUAUGUUUAUGUACGUGUCCUGCCCUACUAGGGACUUUUAGACACUUAAAUGGGGCUGGGGAGAGGAACUAAACAUAUAUUUCCAUGUGUUUUCUCUCUUUCUUUCUCGAUCUCUAAAUCUUGAUCUCCUUGUCCUUCCAUCCAUCCAGUCAUCUUUUCAGCCAAUGACCCAUUUGCCCAUCUUUCAUCAACUGCCAAAUUUCGACAGCAAAUAAAACUCUUUCGAUAUUCCAUGUUUACAAGAAGCUGCUGGAGAAAAGCUCUUUUCCCCACCCCCCUGUGAAGGAGGUGGGGAGCAUGUUUACAUGUUUGCUGGAGACAAAUGAACAGAACCAGCACAGGAACAGAGGAAACACUUCUCAUAUCUCCUGCUUUCAUCCCGUCGUGUUUACAAAAGACAACAACCAGGGAUGGAUGGGAGAGGGGCCGGUGCUGUUGAUUGAUUUAGGAGUUUGGUAUGGUGGUGGGGGCAGUGAUGUUAGGAAUUUGCAGUGAGUAACUUGGAGCCAGGAGAUGUGCUAACAAAGUGUCGCGACCAACAUACAUUUAGUUGCGUACAUAUAAGGCAUGAAGGCAGGCUUGUGCAACCAAAUCCAUCACACAGCCAGUCAAUGGGAAAGGGAAUGACAAUGAAAUUUAUGUUAUCAUCUGAAGGAAGACAUAAAACCGACGUCAAGGAACUACAGCUCCAAGGAAAACAAUGUAAUAAAUGGCACUGGGGGAAGUUGAAGCGUGAAAGUGGGAAUGUGGAAGAGGCAAUGGAGGAGAAAAAGCCCUGCAAGGCAGAGAUCUGGCUGAUAGGAUGGUGGAGGGUUUUAUGAAAGAGAUGAAGUUACUCUCAAGUUAAAGGAAGAAGUACCAAAACCAGGAGGAUGAAAAAGACAGCUCAGGAAGUUGCAAGGAUGGCAAAAGAGCCAUUAGAGGAAACAAAACAU